UUUCUAAACGGUAAUUAAAUAUGUUCUCAUGCGCCGUUUAGGUGUUAAUCCACCACCCACCUCCGCUUAAUCUCUUAAUUUAGCUUUAUGUGAACUUAAUUUUACUUGUACUACGUCUAUAUCUACAUGAAACCCUGACCCUCAUCCAAUCUGAAAACCCUAGACUGUGAAUCUUUGAUUCUGUCCACAAUGGACUUGCACAAGAGAAAGCAGAAACUUCCCGCCCCCAUGACCAGUGGAGGAAGCAGCUCUAAGUCUACACAGAAUUUCAAUGAAGCGCAGGCCAAGGAGAGAACUAAUUGCAGUAAUCCUUGCUGUUUUUUCUGCUUGAUAAAGCAACCCAAGUCCUCAGUCAGAAGAGCAGGACUCGCCAGCUGCUUCAGAGAAAUGCCUUUUCUCGACAACCAAGAACACGUUCUGGUUCUAAGCGGGUUAUGGAACAUCGCCAUGAAUAAACCAGACGAUCCGGAGUUCCCAUCUCUAGGCAUCUUUCACUGCAUGGCGAGCUUAAUCAACAGAGGACUCAGCGAUAGCGAGUGGCUUCUUAGAGAUCAAAACAUCUAUAUUCCCUACUACGCGGUCCAUAUAAUCGGUUCUUACACCAUGAACAAGGCAGAGUUUGCUGAAAGAGCGGUGGAAUCGGGCGUGAUCCCGCCAUUGAUGGAGCUUGCUAGAGGAAAAAUGAGUUGGGUUGAGCAACGGGUUGCGGUUCGAGCUCUAGGACACCUUGCGAGCUAUGAAAGUACGUUUGAAGCUGUGGCGGGUUAUGAAGAAGAGAUUGUUAACUUGGCCAUGAAUUUGGCUUCUUCUUGUCUAGAGACUGUGUAUUUCAUGUUUCUGAAGGAUAAGAAGAAGAGGUUGAAAUACCAUUGUGACUUGCUCACUAGAGGAGUUGGGGGAUUGGAGAUGGAGAAUCGGAAGGCCGAGGAAUGGGCCAGCCAGCUUCAGUGUUGGUCUCUCUAUCUUCUCAACAGUUUUGCAAUCAAAGAAAAGUCUAUUGAUCCCAUGUGUGAGGAAGAUUUCUUGAAGGAAUUGAGCGGAAUGUGGGGUGGAUUGAUGAACCACUCAUCGCCGGCUGGAAUUGGGCUCAUUAGAAUCUUGUGCUACAGUGAGAAAGGGAGAAAAAAGAUUGCAGCAUCGAAAGAAGUUCUCGAGACUCUUUGUAAUCUCUCCAGAUCUUCGGACGAUUGGCAGUAUAUGGGGAUUGAUUGUCUCCUCUUCCUUCUUAAUGACCCCGAUUCGAGGUACAAAGUCAUCCAAACCGCCAUCUUCAGUCUUGUGGAUUUAAUCGAACUCAAGAAAAUUGGAGGGAGAUCCAAUUUUGGAGAAGUCAUCACAAGAACACUGCUUUUGGAGUUCAGACAAAGAAAGUCAAAAAUUGAGAACAAUACAGUGAAGAGAGCGCUCGAAGAAAUAUGGGAUUUGAAGGUGGAGAGACGAAAGAGAGAGGAAAUGUUGUCUGAUGAGAAAGUUGAAGAGAAAAGGGUUUUGGUGAGUUUAAUAAAGCAACAAGGAAACCAUAGCUUCUGGUUGGGAGAAGUGGAAGAAGCUUUGUCAAAGUAUACAGAAGCUUUAGAGUUGUGUCCAUUAAUGCUGAGAAAAGAGAGAAUUGUUCUAUAUAGCAAUAGGGCUCAGUGCCAUUUACUUGUCAGUGAUCCUGAUGCUGCCAUUAGUGACGCAACCAGAGCUCUUUGCCUUUCCAGUCCUGUGAACUCCCACGGAAAAAGCCUGUGGAGAAGAUCACAGGCUUAUGACAUGAAAGGGUUGGCGAAGGAGAGCUUGAUGGAUUGCAUAAUGUUCAUCAAUGGCUUUAUCAAAUCGAACACAACCAAAAAAGUUAAAAUCCCCUACUAUGCUGUGCGUAUGAUCAAUAAACAGAUGGAUUCUACGUGGCUUUUCGCGGCUGCACGGCUAAAAGCAUCAAACAAUCAUGUGGGUGAGUCCGAACAAUCGGACGGUGGAGAUGACAGUGGCAAGAACAAGAAUUCGUAUUAUGAAAUUAUGAGAAUAAUUACAGACCAUAACACGGGUGGUUUCAACUCAGGUUUGUCCACUAUCAUAGAAGAACCUUUGAUCAAAAAGGGCGGAAGUGGUAGGAGAAAGCUGGAAACCACCAGGGAAAUUAGGAAGACUUCUUCUUUGUCUAUAUCACCGUAAGUGAAAGAUGUACGUAUUUACUAAUUACAAAUGUAGCGGCAUCUUUCAAAUUUGAAAGGGUUUAGCACUAUGUCACAUCCUAACACUAUUAAUUGCCUUUUGACUAGGCGGUUGUUAUAUUUGGAGUUUGAAAAUGAGCUAGGUUAGAUAU